AUACCGCAUGUGCCAGCUGCCCCCCUUCGCCUCCUACUCCUGAGCUCCGUGGCGAGCACCACCAUCGAUAAUCGGUCUACCUUACACUGGCAACAUGCCUGGCCUGCCUUGUAUGCUCAAGCUUUUCCAGACAGCGCCUGUCCUUCAGCUAACUGUCUAGCUUCUGUCGAUUUGGACGAAUGUAUAGAAAGCCUCUACAAGAAGAAUCUGCUUGCAGAAUCGGUCAUUGAAGCAAUAUGUGCAAAGACAAAAGAGUUGUUGAUGCAAGAAAGUAAUGUUGUACAUGUGCAAGCACCAGUUACAGUAGUUGGAGAUAUACAUGGUCAAUUCUUCGACUUGAUAGAGAUCUUUAAGAUUGGAGGAUGGUGCCCAGAUACCAAUUACCUCUUCCUUGGCGAUUAUGUUGAUCGCGGCAUGUUCAGCGUUGAAACGAUUUCCCUUCUUGUUUGUUUGAAGCUUCGAUACCCGCACCGAGUCCAUUUGAUACGAGGAAAUCAUGAAUCGAGGGGAGUUACACAAUCAUAUGGGUUCUAUACCGAAUGUUCAAGGAAAUAUGGAAAUGCGAAUGUCUGGCACUACUUUACGGAUAUGUUCGACUUUCUGACGCUGAGUGUGGUCAUCAAUGACCAGAUCUUCUGCGUCCAUGGAGGUCUCUCCCCCUCCAUCCACUCGAUCGACCAAAUCAAAAUCAUCGACCGCUUCCGCGAAAUCCCUCACGAAGGCCCUAUGGCCGACCUAGUCUGGUCAGACCCCGACCCCGAGCGCGACGAAUUCUCUCUCUCCCCCCGUGGCGCGGGCUACACUUUCGGCGCGCAAGUCGUUAAGAAAUUCCUCGAAGUAAACAACAUGUCGCACAUCCUGCGCGCACAUCAACUGUGCCAAGAAGGCUACCAAGUCCUAUAUGAUGACAGGUUGAGUACGGUGUGGAGCGCGCCGAAUUACUGUUAUAGGUGUGGGAAUAUGGCGAGUGUGUUGGAGGUUAGCGAUACGGGGGAGAGGUUCUUUAACGUUUUCGCUGCUGCGCCCGAGAAUGAUGUGCAUAAGGAUGGGCAGCAGCAGGGUGGACAGGAGAAGACUUCUGAUGGGAGCCUGCUUCCUGAUUACUUCCUAUGA